GUGAGUCGAGUGGCGUCAAGUGGCGUCGAGUCAGUCGAGUCAGUCGAGUGGCUCGCGGCAAACUUCGUCUGCUGUUCGAGUCCGUCUUUUUGAGAUGACAUCGAGGGCUUUUUUUUCGAGAGGGAUCGCCUGCCUGGCGCUCGUUCUGGUCAGCCAGACGGCGCGUCUAAUCCAAGGACAUCCUUGCGCUUCUACGACGAACGUUCCGGAGGCGUCGUCACCCGCGGAAAAUCCCUCGGCGCCGGACAACACGUCGAUUUCGAGAUUGAUCGAGGCGGCGUACAAGAACCACGAAUUGCUAUCACCGCAACAGUGGUCGCAGCAAACCAACGACGACGACGACGACGACGACGACGAUGAUGACGACGACGACGACGACAACGACCACCAUCACCACCAGGAGGCCGGGCGGACGCAACGGGAAUCUUUGAGCGACGGAACGACGCGACAUAGUAAUAGGAAGUUGCUGCAAGUGCCGAGCACGACCGUUUCUAUGUCGAUGCACAGAAACUCGGACGAGAAGAUCGUUUUCCCGGACGGCACGGUCCCGUCGAUUUCGCCACAAACGCCAGUCUGCCGCAAGAGCACAUUCUGCGAGAACGUCGCCGACUAUCCCAGGCAACUGGUGAACGCGGCGAUAUCGCGGAACGCCAGUUUGCGAUUCUUGGAGAGCGUCGAUCCGAUGCCAGACAUUGAACAGAGGAUAGACGUGGCGGAUGAAUCGCUUUGCCGAUUUCGCGAACAAGUGGUAUAUCCACAGUCCGCGCAGAACAAGGAAAAGCAAUGGUUAUUCAUCGUGAAUCAGGACAACUUGAGGCAAGGGAUACGCAUCGAAGUUUGCUUGAACGACGGUCAGGCGUGCAGCAUGAUCGACGGUUUCGCCGAGGGCUACAAGACUACUUGCAAACAAAAGUUUAUCUAUCGGGAAUUAGCGGCGGUGGGAAACGACGGUAACAUCUUCAAGGAUCAAUUCCGUUUUCCGUCGAGCUGCUGUUGUCACGUCAAGUUUGUCGGCGAUCCUACCGCCAGGCUGGGACUGGGACUAGAUCUGCCAACCAAUCGAACACAAUAUAACAGACCGAGCGCCUUUUCCACAUCGUCGAUGCUUCGAUAGGAUAAACGACGUUCGGUACGUCGCAUGUUCGCACCGAAUGAUUAGGAUGACCAAACUCUGAUUAAUUUAUCAAAUAUAAUGUCUAUACUGUUAAAUAUCAACAAACCAUUACUUGCCGUUAAUUGCUAACGGUAGUAAUUUUUUAUCUCGCGCAUGAAAACCAAUUAUAUAGUUGGAAAUUGUGCUGUAAAUAAUUCUUUUGAUUAAAUUAAUUGUCGAGCUUGGUCCGAGUCGUCAGCGGUUUUGGUUAUCCCUUCUUCUCUCUCCGAGAGAAAUAAAACCUACUUCCUGUCUUCGUUCUCUUUCGCGCCGCAUGCUCGGUCUAUUUAUAUUGCGUCUAUGAAUCGGAGGACCACCACCGUGUGCCGAGAGUACGAAGAAGGAAGUAGAGCAGAAAAAAAUUUGCAAGCCGAGAACAUUCGGCGAUAUUGAUUAGCAGGAAACGGUACUGAGGUUUCUCCAGGAAAAAAAACUAUGCAGUUUUCAUAUAAAUAUCGCCAGUGCUCUCCUGUAUUAUUAAUAUGCGAACAAUAUUCGACAAUAGGAUAAUAAUUACGUGUAUAGAAUUAUAUUAUCAUGUGAUAUUAUGUGAUACGAUUACUUGUAUGUUAAUUACACGUUGUAUCUUCUAAAUCUUACCGAGUAAUUUUACAAAUAAAGCGAUCCGUUCUUCGUUCUUGU